UUUCAGGAUAUUAAAAAGUUGGGUGAAGGUGCGGCAGGAACAGUGUGGAAAGUACGCCAUAUCCCCACUGAUUUGAUCAUGGCAAAAAAGACUGUGACAGUGGAUCCUGAUCCGAAGAUACAGCGUCAGAUAUUACGAGAGCUGUCGUUCCUUAGAACGUGCGGUUCACCUCAUAUUGUUGCUUUUUAUGGUGCAUUUCUUGACGAUGGUGACACGACACUUGCAAUCUGCAUGGAAUACUGCGAGGGCGGAAGUCUAGAGGAUAUUUACAAAAGAGCACGCGACAUGCAGGGUUUGAUUGGCGAGACUGUGUUGGCAAGGAUAGCCGAAUCGGUGUGCAGAGGACUUAUCUAUCUACAUUCUCAGCAUGUUAUCCACAGAGACAUCAAACCCUCUAAUAUCCUAAUGACUCGAGACGGACAAAUUAAGAUUUGUGAUUUUGGUGUAUCUGGUGAACUCAUCAAUUCGCUGGCACAAACAUUUACCGGUUCACAAUAUUACAUGGCUCCUGAACGUAUCAAGGGUGGUGCAUAUUCUGUACGAUCUGAUAUAUGGUCGCUUGGCCUGACGAUUAUAGAAGUAGCACAAAACAGACCUGCUCUUCCACCACCUGGCCAACCUAAUCUCUCUGUCUUUGAAUUGCUCGACAUUAUUGUUCAUCAACCUAUGCCCACCUUAGGUCCUGAUAGAUCAGAAGCAUGUCGAGACUUUAUUGAAAAAUGCUUGAUCAAGGAUCCCGAAGAAAGACCUGGUCCGGAAACAAUGUUGGAGCAUAAGUUUAUCAAGACUUGGUCUGAUCCGACAAAUUCCCUGGGUUCCUGGCUCAAAGAAGUUUGGGGUUGGCCCUAACAUUAUAUCCCGUGUAAUACUUGUUUAUUUCCAAGUGAUAUAUAUCAAUGAACAUGAUAAAUAAAUAAAUAAAUAUAUAUAUAAAUAUAUAAAGGUAUUAUUAUUGUUCGUAAACAGAGAGAAAAAUAAAUAAAUAAGUAUAUAUAAAACACAACAGCC